ACCGCCCUCCCCUUGAGCCUAGAAGCGGUUUGUUUUCCUCCCAAUUCGCUGUGCAAACGAUUUGUUUUCCUUCCAAUUCAAACGUCAAAACGGCACAAUACCAACGCAGCUGGAUAAGUCUAUACCCACAAUACCAUCUUGGCAGGUGAAUGAGUCUCUAGGAGUUUAUAGUAACUACUGUUCUGAGUAUUUUUAGUAAUAAUUUUCUAGUCCGGUUUGGUCUCAAAGUGGUCAAAUGAUCGCAAAAUAUGUCUGUCUGCAGAUAUUGCCAGAAACCUUGCAAAACAAAUGGUAUCAUAAAAGAUCGAGUUUUUCGUGAAAAGCUCCAAGAUAUAAUGUGUAUGUGGGUGGACAUUGAUACAAAUCCUUCCUUGAAUCUUUGCCAAGAGUGUGAACAUAUAAUCUUGGAUUUUCACUCCUUCAAAAAUCAAAGUAGAAAUAUACUUCGGAAUUCGAUUUGCUUUACAGUCGGAGGAAGAGGGGGCAAUAAAAAUAAUCAAAGGUCUGCACAUCAACAGAAACAUGACUCUAAAACUCUGCAGGCUCUUUCGGACAACUGUGCAAAACCAAUUGACCUGCCGAUCGAAACCCUGGAUGAGCUUAGUUCCCAUGCGAAACCAGUUAUAACUAUGAAAGUCGACAAGACCACUGACGAGCCAACCACGGAAAGUCCAAAUAAGCGACGUCAGUUUCGCACUCCAGAACAAAUUCACGCAGAAAAGAUGAGACCAAAAAGGAAGUUACGUCGAAAAACUGCCGAGGAGAAGGCUAUGUCUCCAACAGAGUAUAAACAUCACUAUUACAGGAUGAUUGUAGAUAAAUACAAGAUAACCUGUGAAGUGUGUUGUAAACGAUUGCCUCCCGAUCGAAUGGAUGGUCAUAUGAAUGGUCACCUAGGCCUACAGCCUUAUACGUGUGAAUACUGUGGUCUACUAUUCAACUGCAAGGUAAACAUGCGUACGCAUAUUUCGAAGAAGCACUGCGAGGACAAGCAAAUUCCGUGUAUUCUAUGUGAUAAAAUCGCUCGCUGUCAGGCAGAUCUGAGGCAGCAUAUGCGAAUGGUACAUGAAGAAAAAAAGCUUCAGUGCUCCUUGUGCGACCUGAAGACAAACAACAGGUAUGAUUUGGAGCGCCAUAUGAGAAUACAUACACAAACUCGAGAGUAUGUUUGUCAUCAUUGCGGUAAAGCUUUCUAUUGUAACAGCGUGCUAACAAUUCAUCUCAGAACACACUCUGGCGAAACACCGUAUGUAUGUCCGAUCUGCCCCAAAGGGUUUGUACACCGUCGCAUGUAUGUAAUGCACAUGGAGAAAUUACAUCCCAAGGAACCAAUCUUACGCAUAGACAGUACAAAGAAAUUAAAAGAUUCGCUAUUACAAAAGCAUUAUAGUUGAUGGUUGCUCGUGAUGAACAUGAAACGAUCAAGAGUAUGAGCUUAUGCAGCAAUGGUACCGCUCAAAGUGGACGCAAAUUGCAUAUAUUUGAAUUAAUAAAACAGAAAACCGUCAUUUUAAUCGAACAA